CAGGGAGGCUGAGGGGCCAGUGGGUACCCUCCUCACACAACACGCCGGCUCCUGCCACCUCCCCAGGUCUGAUGGUGGAGAAGCCAGGAACCUUCGCCCUGGCUGCCCCAGGGGAGGAUGUGAAAUUCCCCAGGUCUCAGCUGAGAUUGGGCUACAAAGGCCUUAUGUCCUGGUAUGCUUUGGAGGAAACUCACCAGGCCCCACCAUAGGAUCGCAGGAGCUACUUUGGCCUGACUCAACCAAUAUGGAGGAGGUGGCUGGGAAUGCCCCGUGCGAAUACUUUGAGGCCAACGUGCUUGCCCAGAGCAGCUGUCAAAAUUGCUUCUACCCUGAGGAGGCCCACAGUCCAAGGCACCAGGAGCCGGGGAGCCCUCCAAGUGCUGGGGUGCCUUACUGCGACCUGCCACGCCGCCUGCCUGCCUCUGAGGACCCUCCCCAUUCCUCGGCCUCCGGCUGCCAGUCCGUGGUGGGCCCGGGCCUUGGGCCAGGGCCUGAGAGGGGCCAGUCAGCAGGGUCCUCCGCAGAGGCCCCCGCAGAGGCCCCCACAGCCGCCCCUGGACACAGGAGCCAGGAGCCGGAGACAGUGCCCUAUCUGGGGGUUCUGGCCUCCUCCCUCGGAGGCAGCUUCGACGAAGGCCCUGAGUCUGGCACCAGCUCCAGCCCUGACUGCGACACCCCUGAUGAUACCAGCGACUCGUCCUCCGUGGACUGGGACACUGUUGAAAGGCCGGAGGAGGCCUGCAGUGGGGACGAGCUCACCGUGAUGAUCCCGAGGAAGCCCCAGGAAGGGCCAAGAGCUGACAGUGCCCGAAGGGCUCCAUCUCUCCUCACCCGGUCCCCUGUGGGAGGGGAUACCGCAGGCCAGAGAAAGGAAGACACCUGCAGUGGGAGCCGAAGCGCUGGACAGCACUGGGCGAAGCUCCGGGGAGAGAGUGGGUACUUCUUGGAGCGGCACCGGUCGGCACUAACCCCGGCUUCCUGUGAGACACCGCAGGGCGGACCUCGCAGUGCCACCCCCCAGGCUUCCUCUCUUCAUUGUUCUGCCCAGAGGGAUGUUGCUCACACUGCUUCCACACAGUUCGAUACCCCCCAAGCCUCCUCUCCCACACAAAUUGCCCAGCGGGACAAACCCAAAACCUCAUCCACCCAACAGGACAUGCCCAGGACCUCUCUCACACAGCACAACACCCUCAGAGCAUCCUCUCCCUCAAGAAUCGCCCAACGGGAUAACCCCAGAACCUCCUUCGUCCAACGAAACAGUCCUCGAGUUUCCUCUCCCACCAGAGCCACCCGACAAGACAACUCUAGAACCUCUUCUAUUCAACAGGACAACCCUCAGACUUCUUUUCCCACAUGUAUUCCCCAGAGGGACAACCCCAGAGCCUCCUCUCCCAAUAGAACCAUCCAACGGAGCAACCCUAGAACAUCCUGUGCCCAACUGGACAAUCCCAGAGCCCCCUCUCCCAACAGAGCCACCCAGCGGGACAACUCCAGAACCUCCUGUGCCCAACGGGACAAUCCUAGAGUCCUCUCUCCCAACAGAAACACCCAACGGGACAACUCCAGAACAUCCUGUGCCCAACGGGACAAUCUCAGAGCCCCCUCUCCCAACAGAACCACCCAACGGGACAACUCCAGAACAUCCUGUGCCCAACGGGACAAUCCCAGGGUCCCCUCUCCCAACAGAACCACCCAGCGGGACAGCUCCAGAACAUCCUGUGCCCAACGGGACAAUCCCAGGGCCCCCUCUCCCAACAGAACCACCCAGCGGGACAGCUCCAGAACAUCCUGUGCCCAACGGGACAAUCCCAGGGCCCCCUCUCCCAACAGAACCACCCAGCGGGACAACUCCAGAACAUCCUGUGCCCAACGGGACAGUCCCAGAGCCCCCUCUCCCAACAGAACCAUCCAGCGGGACAAUCCCAGAGCCCCCUCUCCUAACAGAACCAUCCAACGGGACAAUCCCAGAGCCCCCUCUCCCAACAGAACCAUCCAGCGGGACAAUCUCAGAGCCCCAUCUCCCAACAGAGCCACCCAGCGGGACAACUCCAGAACAUCCUGUGCCCAGCGGGACAAUCCCAGAGCCCCCUCUCCCAACAGAACCACCCAGCGGGACAACCCCAGAGCUUCUUGUAUUCAACAGAACAUCCCCAGAACCUCUUCUACCCAACGGGACAACCCUAAAACCUGUUACAUGCAAUGGAAUAACCUUAGAACCUCUUAUACUCAACGAGACAAUCCACAGUCUUCCUCUCGGCGGGACAACCCUAGAACUCCCUCCCCUCGAUGCUGCACACAACGGGACCAUCCCAGGAAUUCUCCCCAUCGUACUAACAAAGAUAUUCCCUGGGCCUCCUUUCCUCUCCGCCCGACCCAGACUGAAGGCCCCCGAACCUCUUCCCCAUCUCGCUCCAAGCAAAGUGAAGUUCCCUGGGCCUCCAUUGCCCUUCGGCCAACCCAAGGGGACAGGCCUCCUCAGACCUCAUCUCCUACUAGGCCAACUCAGCGCGACCCACCUCUCUCCUCCGGAUCUCCUCGACACAACUCACCAUCUCCAGCCGCUUCCUCCUCCCGUAACCCGGGCCCUCACAGUGCCUCUCGGACUUCUUCACCUCUGUACCCUGCUACCCGCGGGGCACCCCAGACCUCUUCUGAGCCCUCCCAGCCUCCAUGUUCUGUGUGUAUUGGGCAUCGGGAUGCCCCUCGAGCUUCUUCACCUCCUCGCUAUUUGCAACAUGACCCCUUCCCCUUCUUCCCAGACCCCCACGCACCUGAGAGUGAAUCGCCCCACCAUAAUCCCCCCUAUAUACCUCCACCCGUGUGCAUUGGACACCGGGAUGCCCCCCGGGCUUCUUCACCCCCCCGCCACACCCAGUUUGACCCCUUCCCCUUCCUCCCAGACACAUCAGAUGCUGAGACUCAGUCCCCCCAGCAUGACCCUCCUCAGUUCCCCCCACCUGUGUGUAUUGGGUACCGUGAUGCACCCAGGGCCUCCUCCCCGCCGCGCCAGCCCCCAGAGCCCUCCCUGUUAUUCCAGGAUCUUCCCAGGGCUAGCACUGAGAGCCUUGUCCCCUCCACACUCUCUCUGCACGAGCAGCCCCACAUGCCCACCCCCGUGUGUAUUGGGCACCGGGAUGCACCCUCCUUCUCGUCCCCACCACGCCAGGCCCCUGAGCCCUCCCUCUUCUUUCAGGAUCUCCCAGGGACUAGUAUGGAGAGCCUGGCCCCCUCCACUGACUCUCGGCAUGGCUCCCCAAUGCUGCCCCCCCAAGUGUGCAUCGGGCACCGGGAUGCACCUAGAGCCUCCUCCCCACCCCGCCACCCCCCCAGUGACCUAGCACUCCUGGAACCCUCACCUCCGCCAGGCAGCUCGGGGGGCUCCCGGGGCUCAGCAGCCCCUGGGGAGACCAGGCACAACUUGGAGAGGGAAGAGUACACCGUGCUGGCUGACCUGCCCCCACCCAGGAGGCUGGCGCAGAGGGAGCCAGGGCCCCAGUGCAGCAACGGGGGCCGCACCCGCAGCCCUGGCCGAGCAGAGGUGGAGCGCCUCUUCGGGCAAGAGCGCAGGAAGUCCGAGGCACCAGGGGCUUUCCAGGCCCGGGACGAGGGGCAGUCGCAGCGGCCCAGCCAAGGUCAGAACCACCUUCUCCGAAGACAGCCCAGCCCUGCCCUCAGCAGGGAGGUAACCAAGUCCCUUGCGAAGCAGGCAGAACCGGCCCGGAGGAGCCAAGCAGAGCCCCCUCAUCCCAGGAGCCCCGAGAGGCGGCCUGAAGGGGACCGGCAGCUCCAGGGGUCCUCGCUGCCCCCAAGGACAUCAGCCAGGGCCCCUGAGAGGGAGCGGCGGACAGAGAGACCUCUGGAAAGUGGCCAGGCGGGCCCAAGACAGCCUCUGGGGGGGUGGCAGAGUCUGGAGGAGCCUCCAGGAACUCAGGGCCCUCACAGACAUCUGGAGAGAGGGUGCGACAGCCUGCAGGAGGGCCCAGGCCUGGGGGGCUGGCAAGGACUUGGGGGGCCCUGCCGGGGGGUUGCCAGAGCCCCAGAGGGAACUUGGAGGGGCCCUCUCAGGGAGUCUGAGGAGAGCUGGGGGCAGCUGGGUGGCCCCACCGGCCACAGGGGGCAGGCAGAGGCCUGGGAGGAGCCCCCUAGUAAUGGGUUGCGGGAGUCCCCCGACAGGUCAGCUCAGAGAGGCUGGGGCGGCCUGCAGGAGCUGCCCAGUGCUCACCAGCCUAAGAGCCCCCCAGAGAACUCCAGGAUAGGCCCAGCAGAGUUCUUGAAAUCCCAAAGGCCUGAGACACCCACCACCAUGGGCUGGGGGGCUGAGGGAAUGUGCCCACACCUGCACAGCCCUGAGAGGCGACGCGAGCUCGAUGGGAGGGACCUCGUGGGCCUUCUCGGGGCGCCCAGAGAAGGGGCCUCGGCCCGCACGGAGGAGUUGAUGCUCACCUCCCACCUUCCCAGGUUGGACUGGGAAGGCCUCCUGGAGCUCCUGCAGGCCCAGCUGCCCUGCAAGGACCCAGCUGGACACUGGGGUACCCCGGCCCCGGCUUCAGGGCCAGAGGUGGGUUCCCCAGGCACAAACGGUGCCCCAGAGCUAGAGCAACAGGGCCAGCCUGACGGCUGGGAGGAGUCCACACUGGUCAAUGGACAGAGCGCUGGGCAGUGGCCCCAGAGCUCUGCCCAGCCACCCAGCCCUGCCUGCACCGCCACCCAGUGGCCAAAGACCAAAGUGACGAGUGGACCAGAGACCUCGGCUAAGGCUGGUCUGGAGGAGUUGGGCCCUCUGGGAAACAGGAGCCCUGCAGAGGGUCCCAGCUUGCCAGACUGGGAGUUCCAAUCAGAGGAGCCUGAGGAUUCAGAACCAAGCAAAGGCCAAGACUCACUGACCGACCAGAAGCAGGCCGACUCGGCAGACAAGAGGCCAGCGGAGGGCAAGUCUGGGAGCCCACUCAAGGGCCGACUGGUGACCUCAUGGCGGAUGCCCGGGGACCGUCCCACGCUGUUCAAUCCGUUCCUGCUGUCUCUGGGGGUCCUCAGGUGGCAAAGGCCCGAUCUGCUCAACUUCAAGAAGGGAUGGAUGUCAAUCUUGGAUGAGCCUGGAGAGUGGAAGAAGCAUUGGUUUGUGCUGACAGAUUCAAGCCUUAAGUACUACAGGGACUCCACCGCUGAGGAGGCCGACGAGCUGGAUGGCGAGAUUGACCUGCGCUCCUGUACAGACGUCACUGAGUAUGCGGUGCAGCGAAACUAUGGCUUCCAGAUCCAUACCAAGGAUGCUAUCUAUACCUUGUCGGCCAUGACCUCGGGUAUCCGGCGAAACUGGAUCGAGGCUCUGAGGAAGACCGUGCGACCCACCUCUGCCCCGGAUGUCACCAAGCUCUCGGACUGCAACAAGGAGAACACGCUGCACGGCUGCAGCACCCAGAAGGGCUCCCUGAAGGCCGGGGAGCAGCGGGGGGGCUCUGAGGUCAUCGGUCGGGGCAGCCCGAGGAAGGCGGAUGGGCAGCGGCCGUCCCUGGACUACGUGGAGCUCUCCCCGCUGACGCAGGGCUCCCCGCAGCGGGUCCGCGGCCCGGCCCGCACCCUCGACCGCCCGGCCAAGCAGGAGGAGCUCGAGCGGGACCUGGCCCAGCGCUCCGAGGAGCGACGCAGGUGGUUUGAGGCCACAGACAGCCGGCCCCCGGAGACCGCAGCUGGUGAGGGGCCGCGCCGGGGCCUGGGUGCCCCGCUGACGGAGGACCAGCAGAGCCGGCUCAGUGAGGAGAUUGAGAAGAAGUGGCAGGAGCUGGAGAAGCUGCCCCUGCGGGAGAACAAGCGGGUGCCUCUCACCGCCCUGCUCAACCAAAGCCGCGGGGAGCGCCGGGGGCCUCCGGGUGAUAGCCACGAGGCCCUGGAGAAGGAGGUCCAGUCUCUUCGUGCUCAGCUGGAGGCAUGGCGUCUUCAGGGAGAGGCUCCUCAGGGUGCACCCAGGUCCCAGGAGGACAGCCACGUCCCCCCGGGCUACAUCUCGCAGGAAGCGUGCGAGCGCAGCCUGGCCGAGAUGGAGUCCUCACACCAGCAGGUGAUGGAGGGGCUGCAGAGGCACCACGAGCGUGAGCUGCAGCGGCUGCAGCAGGAGAAGGAGUGGCUCCUCGCCGAGGAGACGGCGGCCACGGCCUCAGCCAUUGAAGCCAUGAAGAAGGCCUACCAGGAGGAGCUGAGCCGGGAACUGAGCAAGACACGGAGUCUCCCACAGGGCCCCGAUGGCCUUCGCAAGCAGCACCAGUCAGACGUGGCGGCGCUGAAGCGGGAGCUGCAGGUGCUGUCGGAGCAGUACUCGCAAAAGUGCCUGGAGAUCGGGGCCCUGACGCGGCAGGCCGAGGAGCGGGAACACACGCUGCGGCGCUGCCAGCAGGAGGGCCAGGAGCUGCUGCGCCACAACCAGGAGCUGCACGCCCGCCUGUCAGAGGAGAUCGACCGGCUGCGUGGCUUCAUUGCCUCACAGGGCACGGGAGAUGGCUGUGGGCGCGGCAGCGAGCGGAGCUCCUGUGAGCUGGAGGUGUUGCUUCGAGUGAAGGAGAAUGAGCUCCAGUACCUGAAGAAGGAGGUGCAGUGUCUCCGGGAUGAGCUGCAGAUGCUACAGAAGGACAAGCGCUUCACCUCGGGGAAGUACCAGGAUGUGUAUGUGGAGCUGAACCACAUCAAGACCCGGUCGGAGCGGGAGAUCGAGCAGCUGAAGGAGCACCUGCGCCUCGCCAUGGCUGCCCUGCAGGAGAAGGAAUCCAUGCGCAACAGCCUGGCCGAGUAGAGGUCCUGGUGGCCCAGCCCCGCGGCAGACCGUCCCCCGGCCUGAGGGGGCCAGUCAGUCGCCCUCCUUCCUGCUGGAUGGAAGUCAGAAGCCAAGCUUUCUCCCCACCCUCUGUGGGCCGCACGUGCACUCAUACCCACCACACACAGACACACGCACACACGCGCGUGCGCGCGCGCACACACACACACACACACACACACACACUCUGCGUAUCUGAGCGCGCCCUUCGCACUGGGUCUUACCUUGCACCUUCUUCAGGAUUUUAUAUGUGAAGAGAUUUUUAUAUAGAUUUUUUUCCCUUUUUUUUUCCCCCCAAAAACACUUUAUACUUUGAAGAAAGCAAUUCCUGGUGGCCAUGUGCCUCCAUCACGGGCUCCUCCUCUGGCUCUAGCCCCCUGCUCGGGCUUCUGGGCCCGUGGCCCUGCCCCAGGGGUCUAGCCGAGGCCCAGCAGCAGCCGGCGCAGAGCAGACUCCGGUGGGAGAGGCGGGGAGCCAGCCACUCUCUUCCUUCCGUACCUCCCACUACCUACUUCCUGCCCUGAGGCGACCCACACCUUGGGACUCUGGACAGAGGGACAGACGGGCAGAGGGAGCCAGCAGCUGUCCCUAAGGCCUCGCCUCCUCCUCCUCCGAGGGGGUGCUGGACAUGGAAACGCUGGAGCCGCCCCAUGAAGGCUUCUCUCCUGCUCCAUGAGCCUUCUUAACUUAAUAAAAUGUUCCCGCAG